AUGGGUCAAACUCUUUCAUCUCCAGCUACAAAGAAAACCUCAGAGACGGGGGGAAAUGCUCGAUUCUUUUACUCCGUAUCAGAAAUGCAAGGAUGGAGAAUCACCAUGGAGGAUUCUCAUGCCGCCGUGUUGGACUUGGAUGAGGGGAAGCCUGAAAAUGAGACAAAUACUUUUUUUGCUGUAUAUGAUGGGCACGGCGGCUCUACUGUAGCCAAAUUUGCUGGUUCAAACGUACAUAAACGACUGUUGUCGGAAGAAACAUACCAGGGGAAAGAUUACGAAGCGGCGUUGAAGAGGGCUUUUCUGGGAACCGAUGAAGACCUGCUGGGAAAUCCUGCCCAUACCCGGGAUCCCUCUGGUUGUACGGCUGUGGCAGCGCUAAUUACGGCGGAUAAUAAAAUCUACGUGUAUGUAUCAGCCUCACUAUUCAAGGCAAAUGCGGGCGAUUCUCGGUCAGUGUUAGGCAUUCAGGGUAGGGUAAAACCGCUCAGCUUCGAUCACAAGCCAACUAGUGAAGUCGAAAAGAAACGAAUUUCCGGAGCUGGAGGCUACAUUGAGUAUGGUCGUGUCAACGGAAAUCUUGCCCUUUCCCGUGCCCUUGGAGAUUUUGAGUUUAAAAAGAACUAUUCUUUGUCCCCUGAAGCUCAAAUUAUAACUGCUGAUCCCGACGUAACUUGUCAUGAAAUUACAGAGGAAGAUGAAUUCCUUGUCAUAGCAUGUGAUGGUAUUUGGGACUGUCUGAGCUCACAACAAGUUGUGGACUUCGUCCGAUACAAGGUUUUUGAAGGCAAGAAGUUAUCCGAAAUUGGGGAAAUGAUGUGUGAUCACUGUCUCGCACCUGACACAUCUUCGGGGGCUGGGAUUGGUUGUGACAACAUGACCGUUCUUAUAGUCGCUAUCACGCAUGGGCGAACGAAAGACGAGUGGUACGCCUGGGUGGCAGACCGCGUAGCGAAGGGUGUCGGUUAUCCGACGCCCAGUUCGCCCCCGCAAUUGUAUGCAACAAGUCGCCUUGCGUCCUUCCGAGCACGGAGAGAAGCUCAGGAGGCAAGAGACAGAUUGCAGUUCCAAGGAGUGGAUAACCAAACCAAUGGCAACGACGAUCUUUUCAAGAAAUACGGUUUAACUGUAACAACUAUUUCGAGCAGUGGUGGAAUCUCUUACAAACCUGGCAGUGACAUCGUCAGCGACACCGGAACCCUCAUGUUUACGAAUGACGACAGCGAUGAGGAUGACAGUGAAGAUGAGGGACAGACUGGCCGCUCGUUUUUCACAGAAUCCAUUGGACUUGGACGAUCAGACUCACCCGACCCAACAAAGAGCCUGAAGGCGCAGCUGGACGAAUUUGAGAAAGGCAUUCAAGAUGAGGAUACGGACCAAGAUGGGGAUACACAGAUGGAGAGGGGGCUGGCUGUUGCUUCAACGCCGUCAUCUACAAAAACGUCUGACGGAUCACACCCUCAUUUACAGGGUGAAGCGCCUCCACCGCCAGGACCCCUUCCAAACGGCGACGUUACAUCACCUCCCGUACAGCACGAGACCCUGCCCAGCGGCGAUGCGCCUCUUUCCGUCGUGGGUCUUCUGGAUAAGAGCGAAGAUCCACUCAAGGCUUAG